AUGAACAGGGGCAGAGACUGGAGGAACAGGGAUAGAAACAGGAGAAACAGGGGUAGACACAGGAGGAACAGGGAUAGAAACAGGAGGAAUAGGGGCAGAGACUGGAGGAACAGGGAUAGAAACAGGAGAAACAGGGGUAGAAACAGGAGGAACAGGGAUAGAAACAGGAGGAACAGGGGCAGAGACUGGAGGAACAGGGAUAGAAACAGGAGGAACAGGGGAAGAGACUGGAGGAACAGGGAUAGAAACAGGAGGAAGAGGGGUAGAAACAGAGGCAGAGACAGGAGGAACAGGGGUAGAAAAAGAAGGAACGGGGCUAGAAAUAGGAGGAAUAGGGGUAGAAACAGGAGGAACAGGGGCAGAGACUGGAGGAACAGGGGUAGAAACAGGAGGAACAGGGGUAGAAACUGGAGGAACAGGGGUAGAAACAGAGGCAGAGACUGGAGGAACAGGGGUAGAGACUGGAGGAACAGGGGCAGAGACUGGAGGAACAGGGGCAGAGACUGGAGGAACAGGGGCAGAAACAGAGGCAGAGACUGGAGGAACAGGGGCAGAAACAGAGGCAGAGACUGGAGGAACAGGGGUAGAAAAAGAAGGAACGGGGCCAGAAAUAGGAGGAAUGGGGGUAGAAACAGGAGGAACAGGAGUAGAAACAGGAGGAACAGAGGUAGAAACAGGAGGAACAAAGGUAGAAACUGGAGGAACAGGGGUAGAAUCAGGAGGGACUGGGAUAGAAACGGGAAAAACAGGGAGGACAAAAGAGAGUCGAAGAUGGAGAAGAUCAGGAAGUGCUUCAACAGUCACCACUGA